AUGGGGUCUGAAUUAGUAGCCUACCACAGAGACCCCUCCGUCCCAGACACCCCCCUCACCCCCCUCACCCCCAUAGAGGGUGGGGGGUCACACCCCCUGGGGGUGCCGCUCCCCGCUCCCCCGCCCCAGCUGGCUCUCACGUCAUCAGCGGACCCCACGCAACCCCAGACACCCCCUGGGGGAGAUAGAGAGAUGGUCCCCGUGGGGGAUAGCACCUACGUGGUGCCCUCCUCCACCCUCUCCCCUGCCACUCAUCCCCACGACGACUUCAUCUUCCUCUCCCCCAGCGAUCCCGUGCCUCUGCCGGCACCUCCCUACUACCCGCCCCUGUUGGCCGGGACCGAGGUAGCGCGUCCCGGUACAGCUCCCGCUACCGGGGGGUCCGGUAUCAUGGUACCGGCGGGCCGCAGACGUCGUCAUACCGGCACCACUAAGAUGAUCAACGAGUCGAUGGUGUCGCUGCUAGUGAAGCUUUACUCGAAGCUGACGUCCGGGGCGCCCUACCGUCCCAACUUCGAUGAGAUCCCCGCGUCCCGUGUCGGGGACGGGGGGUACUUCACCAGCCUGCUGCUCAACAAGCUGGGGCACCACGACUCUGCCACCCGUGCCCAUAUCCUGCAGGUGGUGCGCAGUCUCUCGCAAGGCCCCGGUUUACCUGACGCAGGCGCCGCAGGUUCUGAAGAUACAGACGCUGCCGAAGACUUCAGACGCAGAGCUCGGGAGGAACGGUCACGUCAAGCUGCCCUACGUAAACAAAAAGUCUUGGAAUCCUUCAAGAAGAAACAGACCAAAUUCUCUGAGGAACACAAGGACAUUCUUGGCUCCAUAAGCACUGACGUGGAGACUGUUCCAUCUGAAGGCUCAGGGAAGAGUGAGACCCAGAAUACGCAGGUCCCUGAGGGCGACGAGGCCGCUGGAGUUACGACGUCUGAGUGGAGUGACCGCAUGAAGUGCGCCCAUUGCUCCACUGAUAGGGAAGAUCCGCUCGGUCUUGUCGUCUUUAUACUUCCGAGCAGCUCUGAGGCGCACCGGCGUCUGCGCGUGUGUGAGGGCCAGAGCUUCCCUCUGACAGAGAAGAGUCUGGAGGCCCUCAAGCCUGAGAACAGGAACACCUUACUGGGCUGUGCCAAGGAGAGAUACCAGGCUGCCCUAGCUGCCAACUACCAUGUGAGUUGGCAGUUGUGGGAGAACAGAGGUUUCGACUUCAGCACAACAGCGGUAACUUGUGGUCACUUCGUGCACCUUGACUGCCAGGAGAACUACCAUCGCAACCUCGGUUCCCACCCAAACCUCAUGGUACCAGACGACGUCGUCCUCGACCCAAGAUACGGCGACUACCUGUGCGGAAUGUGCCGCGGCUACACCAACGCUACCAUCCCUCUGACCCCGACCAUAUGUCACUGGAUUCAUACAGGCAAUGUGCCACAAAAACCUCGCGCGCCCCGAAAUUCUGUUCAACCACCGCCGCUAUACGAAGAAACUAAAACCGAGACUUCGGUACAACCUCCAUCUACUGUUACCGACAACUCCUUUGCCACCAGUUACAACCAACAGCAAGUCUCUGCAGCAGUAAAUCUCAGUCGAGAACACGGACAUGACGGAAGCCGUAGAACCUUGCAACAAAAUACCAGCGAUCGCACUGAGCAGAAUUUAGUAUGGAGGCAAGUCCAAUUUGUAGCUCAAGAUAACGAAGCGAGAUUACCUUCUCUAGAUGGAGACCAACGUAGAGACAUCGACAAUCAGAGACAUCAUAUGUCAGCCAGUGAUGAUUGUUCACUGGAUUGCAGAAGUCAGGAAAAAGGUGAAGGCUCAGUCAAAACCAAUCUAGCGGAUCAACCCUCACAAGUGGAUAGCAGUGGAACUUUGUUGCCUCGGAUAACAAACUCGGAUAUGUGCAUGACUUUUGAUGAUGCCCUCCAAGCUACACUUCAUGGAGGAGGCCUCGAGGUCUCCGUUCUCGUGUACGAACUUCUCAGAACGCACGAAGUUCGGGAGUUCAGCGGGAUGACAACUUCAAUAUUUUUUACUGUUUUAUCACUGGAUUCACCUUGCGAGUUCAGCGGGCUGACGAAGGACAACUUGCAGACGUUGUAUGAGAGGUUGACAGGUCUGCCACUGAGCCGCAUUCGCCACAUACUGGACGACUCGUGCAACACUUGCAAGUUAGGCUACCUUAACAGCUGCCUGCGCACCCAGCUCGAGUGUCAGCUCUCCGCCAUGGGGGGACUGGUGGCCAAGCAGGGGCAUGAGUCCCGGCCUGGCUGGGACCCCUCCAACCUUCUAAUAGUGUCAAUGUUCGACAUGCUGUCACACAGCAGCCAGGCGAUGAGUCAACAAGUGCUCACCCCCAGCAGUAUGAGGGACUGGGUGAGUGACAGGUGGGGACAGGUGUGUCUACACCCACACAUCGCCCAGCUCCCCACCUACGACAAGACUGUCAUGCUCAGCGACACCGCACCUAAACCUAACAAGCGAUACAGACCGAGCCAGCGGUACAGUCGGCACCAGGAGUACCUGGCUCCAGAGGAGCUGGAGGAGCUGGAGGAGACGGCAUGGAGAUACCAGCGUCAGCCUGUGCUGCCGGUGCUGACGUCAGACCCUAUAGCCGUGCUGCUGCAGUUCUGGCUCAUGCUGCCUCAUGCUCUGCACAUUGGUGUGUAG